AUGGGGCCCCUUGCGGCCGCUCGGCAGCCCCUCUCCGACCCCGUCGCCGCCAUCUGCGGCCCUGUCGCCGUCACCUGCCGCCCUGUCGCCGCCACCUGCGGCCCUGUCGCCGUCACCUGCCGCCCCGUCGCCGCCACCUGCGGCCCCGUCGCCGCCAGCUGCGGCCCCGUCGCCGCCAGCUGCGGCCCCGCCGCUACCUGCGGCCUCGUCGCCGCCACCUGCGGCCCCGUUGCCGCCAACUGCGGCCCCGUCGCCGUCACCUGCGGCCCCCCCAGCAGCCAAGCCGCCCACCAGCUCAGCAGCCAAGCCGCCCAGCAGCCGUGCCGCCCAGCAGCCGAGCCGCCCACCUGCCGAGCAACCGAGCCGCCCAGCAGCAGAGCCAUCGAGACGCCGAGCCGCCCAGCAGCCAAGCCGCCCUGCAGCCGAGCCGCCGAGCCGCCCAGCAGCCGAGCCGCCCAGCAGCCGAGCCGCCCUGCCACCGAGCCGCCAAGCCCCGAGCCGCCCUACUGUCAAGCCGCUGCUGUUCCUACCGGUGCACCCCGGCCCUCCUUCCUCGGACUGGUCGAUGACCUCCAGCCGUUUCUCCAGUGCAAUAGGGCAGACGGACUCUCUCUGUUCGAUCUCACCUCUGGUGUCUCUCAUGCCCCGCCUGCUACUGCUUACAGCACUGUUCGCUCACAGUGGGCCACACGUGAUACUGCUACUCGCCUCGUUGUUGCACAGGAUCUGGCUAUGAUGUGGGCGUUCUGCCAUCAGCACGGCAUGAGAAACCCGCGGUGCAAUUACGAGAGGCAUCCAUAUGUGCAGAUGAGCCCCUUGUGCAACCACCCGCUGUUCCAAAAGUGGGCGUACCUGGUCGCUAUCUCUCACUUCCAGGGCGAGAAGCUUCGUGCAACCGGCCAAACCACCGCCAAAGCAGACGCUAUCUUUCGCAUGACCGCAGAUGAGAAGAUGCAGAAGAUGCACCUCACCGCCAAUAUGCUCAGGGAGGAGCUUGGGAUUUUGAGAGGACGUGAAAUGCAGUUGGCGAUGGAGAACGCUGAACUGAGGGAGAAACUCGCCGCUGAGCGAGAGGACAAGGCUCGGGUCAUUGCAGAGUUCGAAGCAUACAAGAGCUCCGAGGCAGCAACCGCAACGGCCAUUAAGCUGCUGGACGAGGUUUUACUCGUGUGCAACUUCACAGAAUUCACCAACGGCCUGGCGGUGCUGCAUGAGACUCCGCCCAUCAAGAAACAAAAGACCGGUUCGUCGACGGAAAAGAGGACCGUCAACGACUUGGCGCAACGCAGAGUGGGCUGGCUGUUAGUCAAGAAGGGCAUUCGCGACCAGGAGUGGGCAACUUCGCUGUUUGGGGAUGAUGAGUGGGAGGAGAUCCACAAGGAACACAUGGCGCAGGAGAAGGCGGAAGAGGAGAAACAACGAACCGCUGCGGCGAAGAAGGCGGGACGGGAAAAGGCGAAGGGCGAAGCAUCGAAACGCUAG